AUGUAUUGGACUACUAUUUUGUUUAUUGGUUUUUUGCCCAUUGUUUCAUCAGUUGGCCAGUUUGGACAAUGUGGUGGUGAAGGAUAUGUAGGACCAACAGAAUGUGAUUGGCCAUUACAAUGCUUUCGACGAUCUGUUUGGUUUUCAUCAUGUCAAACAUCAUGUCCAGGUCUUGAUUGGGAAUGUGCUUCAUCUGGAAGUUAUCUCGGAGGAAGUGUAGAUGAUGCUGGUGCACCGAACUGGGAACAAUGUGGUGGAGAAGGUUGGAAUGGAGCAACUUGGUGUCUUGAUUAUCCUUGUGAACCUCGUUCACAAUGGUAUUCUCAAUGUCGACCAGAUUGUCCACCUGAAUGGCUAUGUUCGGAAAUUCCAGAUGAAGAAAUUCCGGAAGAAGAUGUAGAAGACUUAGAAUUAUACGAUACAGACGAUAUUGAAGAAGAAGAAACUGAGACUGAUGAAUUUCCUGAUCCUUCAACAGUUGACUUAGAUGCACUUCAACAAAAAGAACAGGCACUACUUGGAGAAGUUGAUAUGGAAAAAGAUCCUUUUGCUGAUGCAGAAGAUGGAGAAGAAUUUACAAUAGGACGACGACGACGACGAAACAUAGGUUAG